AGGUACGAAAAUGAGUCCGAAAAUUACAACAGAGCUGCUGAAGCAACUGCGACAGGCAAUGAAGAGUCCAAAAUAUGUCCAGGAGCCUGUCCAAGCCUACAUAGUGCCCUCGGGAGAUGCCCACCAGAGCGAGUACAUUGCACCCUGUGAUUGCAGACGCGCAUUCAUCUCUGGAUUUGAUGGCUCUGCAGGUACUGCCAUUGUAACCGAACAACACGCAGCCCUGUGGACGGAUGGCCGGUACUUCCUGCAGGCUGCGCAGCAGAUGGAUAACAACUGGACACUCAUGAAAAUGGGUCUGAAAGACACGCCGACACAGGAGGACUGGCUAGUGAGCGUCCUCCCAGAAGGCUCGAAGGUGGGAGUGGACCCUUUCAUUAUUCCGGCUGACCAGUGGAAGAGGAUGUCCAAAGCCCUGAAAAGUGCUGGCCACGAUCUUGUGCCUGUCAAAGAAAACCUGAUCGAUACAAUCUGGGUAGACUGUCCCCAGCGGCCCUGCAAGCCGCUUAUCACACUGGACCUGAGUUACACAGGGGUCAGCUGGAGAGACAAAAUUGUAGUCCUCCGUUCAAAAAUGGCUGAGAGGAAAGUUCUGUGGUUUGUGGUAACAGCCUUGGAUGAAGUAGCAUGGCUCUUCAACCUUCGAGGCUCUGAUGUUGAGUACAAUCCUGUGUUUUUUGCAUAUGCCAUCAUAGGAAUGAACACAAUCAGGCUCUUCGUUGAUGGUGACCGGGUGAUGGACCCAGCUGUGAGGGAACACUUGCAACUUGACUCCAACCUGGAGCCUGAGUUUAGAAUCCAGGUGGUGCCCUAUGGAUCAAUCCUGGCGGAGCUGCAGGCUGUUGGCGCAGGCCUCUCGCCCAAGGAGAAAGUCUGGCUGAGUGACAAAGCCAGCUACGCUCUGACUGAAGCCAUCCCCAAGGCUUACCGAUACCUCACCCCAUAUACCCCCAUCUGCAUCGCCAAAGCUGUGAAGAACGCGGCGGAAACAGACGGCAUGAGAAGAGCCCACAUUAAAGAUGCUGUUGCCCUGUGUGAACUCUUUAACUGGCUGGAGAAGGAGGUUCCAAAGGGAACAGUGACAGAAAUAAUUGCUGCAGACAAAGCAGAGGAGUUUCGCAGCCAACAGAAGGACUUUGUUGAAUUGAGUUUUGCUACCAUUUCAAGCACCGGUCCAAAUGGAGCCAUCAUUCACUACAAGCCAGUUCCUGAGACCAACAGAACCCUGUCUGUGAACGAGAUCUACCUCCUGGACUCUGGAGCACAGUACAAAGAUGGCACAACAGAUGUGACUAGGACAAUGCAUUUUGGUACCCCAUCACCCUAUGAAAAGGAAUGCUUCACAUAUGUCCUGAAGGGACAUAUAGCUGUGAGUGCGGCCAUCUUCCCAAAUGGAACCAAAGGUCACCUCCUAGACUCCUUUGCCCGCUCCGCGUUGUGGGACUGCGGCUUGGAUUACCUGCACGGGACGGGGCACGGCGUCGGCUCCUUCCUGAACGUGCACGAGGGUCCCUGCGGCAUCAGCUACAAGACCUUUGCGGACGAGCCCCUGGAGGCCGGCAUGGUCCUCUCUGAUGAGCCUGGGUAUUAUGAAGAUGGGUCCUUUGGUAUCAGAAUAGAAAAUGUUGUCCUUGUGAUCCCGGCUGAAACCAAGUAUAAUUUCAAAAACAGAGGAAGUCUGACUUUUGAACCCUUAACCCUGGUUCCAAUCCAGACAAAAAUGAUUGAUGUAAACUUGCUGACCCAAAAAGAGUGUAACUGGGCUGACUCAGAAACUGGCAUCCACAAGCUGGCAGCACCAUAUGCCAAUUCUGAUUAA